GCCCUGCUCGACUCCAAAGUUCGAACUUCUAGCUUUUCGUCCUUUCGCACGCCAAUCGUCGUUCUCCGUGCUGCACAUAGCUUCAAAGGAAAAUGCGCAUCCGUCUUCCCUUCGCGGCUGUGUUUGUAAGCCUCUGCUUCCUCGCGGGAUACGCCGGCCUCUCCACACUCCAGCUUGGAGCCUACGUAAACGACAAAGUCCUCCAUGCCGCGACCUUCUUCAUCCUCACCGUCGUCUUUUACUGGAUCGUCGACACCAACCGCAGACGAACCCUCAACCUCACGCUAGUCGCGUGCACGCUCGGCCUCGGUGUCGGAUCCGAGUUCGUCCAGGCUGCGAUACCCAACGGCCGCGAGUUCGACCUCUACGACAUCAUCGCGAACAUUGUGGGCAGUGCGGCUGGGCUGGCGCUGUGUACAUGGUACCACAUGCGGAUGCUCGAGCGGAAGCGACAGAGCAGGUACCAGAGCGUGCCGGGGCAAGACAUUACCGAUGUUGAGCUCGGCGAGGGCGUGAAUGGUCAAGAGGAAGGCAUCACUAUGGGGUCGUCAGGCUUGCGAGACAGAACCCUGGAGGAAGAGGUCGGCAAUUGGGAUGAGAACGGUCAGGAUGCUUGGGAUGAAGACGAGGAAGAAGAAGAGGAGGAGGAGGAGGAGGAUAGCGAGGAUGACAGAAAGGGAAAAGCACCCAAGUAAAGUCCUUGAGCGGCUACACAUGUCACGCAGUAGCCAUGGCAUCUCCGCGUACCAUCGAGUAUUUUCUCCUCGUGAAAGUUUCCAGGCUGUGCAUCUCUAUCCCUGUCUUGAUGUAUGGUCGGCCACCGAUAGAAUUGAAUGAAAAUUUGAAGCACGCUGUUCAUGGCU